AUGCUUGCGGUGAAAAAUUUCUUCCUGCCGGAACGGAAGGCACCACCGGAAACGCCAAAGUUUAGCCGCAUGCCAGAAGCAUUCCUGCGCUCGAUCCGACGCCGAUCGUUGCGCAUCAAACGCCCGAAAACUGUCAUCGUCGAGCGGGAGAAGCGAAAAUCGGAUUCGUUCGUCAACAGCCAGGAAUGGACCAUCUCACGAUCCGUGCCGGACAUCCGGCUCGGUAUCGUCGGCAGCCUCAGCUCGGGCAAGUCGGCCCUGGUGCACCGCUAUCUGACCGGCACGUACAUGCAGGAGGAAUCGCCCGAAGGUGGCCGGUUCAAGAAGGAAAUUCAGAUCGACAAUCAAAGCUACCUGCUGCUGAUACGGGACGAAGGUGGACCACCAGAGAUACAGUUCGCUGCCUGGGUAGAUGCAGUAAUCUUCGUCUUCAGUCUGGAUAAUGAGUCCAGCUUCAAUGCGAUCUACACCUACUACAACCGGAUAGCGCAUCAUCGUAAUACGGCCGAAAUUCCGUUUAUUCUCGUUGGAACACAGGAUGGUAUCUGUGAGCGAGCACCGCGAGUAAUUGAUGACGCAAGGGCGCGAAAGUUGGCGCAAGACUUGAAACGGUGCACCUAUUACGAAACCUGCGCCACCUAUGGACUAAACGUGGAACGAGUGUUUCAGGACGCCUGUCAGAAGAUCGUCCAGCAGCGUCUCUCGACCGGUUCCACGAUAACGCCAACCAAUUCGCGUCCCACCACACCGCAAGGUACGCGGCUCGGUGUGGCCAGCUUUCACCCGUCAGUUCCUAGCCCCACGAAUGGGUAUUCUGGUGGUACGGGCAAUCCCGGACCGACCGGUGGUCUAACGCUUGGCAGCAACUCAUCGCCCAGCCAUCAGCAGCAUCCACAGAACCAUCAAACCGGCGGCACGAUGACACUGCCCCAUCGGCAUCACGUCCUGUCCGCCUCGAGCCACCACAUUCCGAUCAAAAUCAGCCAGGAGCUGAUCAAUGCCGAGGCGGCACAGCAUCAUCACGUUGCCGGUGCGAACGGCGGCAGUGCACAGAAGUGGGGUACGAUCUCGCACGGCACAUCCCAGCAGGCACUGUUGGCAAUGACGAACGAAAACAACAACAUUGCAAAGUUUGUCCCGCCGACACAUCCCGUUUCGGCCGGACCAACCGAUACGCUGCAACCACUCGGACUGUCCGCGAAGGACAGUAGCAGCAGUGGCGGUGGUACGGGCAGUGGUAAGGAUGGCAAGGAUGGCAAAGAGUUACCGACACCGACAUCGACACCGACCACCUCGCGCAAGAGCCGGCGAAGAUCGAACCUUUUCAUCCCGUCGUCCUCGAAGAAGGAGCAACAGCAGCAGGAAAAGAUCAAGAACGGUGAGCUCGGUUCCGGUCGGGCCAUCCCGAUCAAGCAAGGCUAUCUGUACAAGCGCAGCAGCAAAUCGCUCAACAAGGAGUGGAAGAAAAAGUACGUCACGUUGUGCGAUGAUGGGCGGCUCACGUACCAUCCGUCCCUGCACGACUACAUGGAGGACGUGCACGGGAAGGAGGUAUCGCUGCAGUACGUUACGGUGAAGGUACCGGGACAGAAGCCGCGCGGUACGAAAUCCAUUAUCACGAACAGUGCACUAACAGCUGCGGCUGCCGCUGCUGCCCAAGCGUCGACCAACGGUACGAACGGUUCGAAUGGUCAGGCGGGAGGCAGUAACGGACUUACCGAGGGUAUUGGAGGUCUUUCGCUUGCCAAGGAUCGCAAGUGCACCGAGAAGGUCCUGCUAACGGCGUUCGAUACGUUGCGCGAACCGGUCAAAUCAAACUCGCAAACCAGCGGCGAUGAAGGCAUCGUGAUCAGCAGCAGCAACUCCCAGGGCUUCCUUGGAUGUGACAGUAGCAACGCAGGUGGCACUGGUGGUGGUAGCAAGAUUGAUGCUCAAACCCCGAACGUGAAGAAGCGUCACCGACGUAUGAAGAGCAGUGGUGUGGGGAAGAACAGUGAAUAUGAUGAUUCCGACGGGUUCGAGUUUUACAUCGUUUCGCUGGAUAACAAGCAGUGGCACUUUGAGGCGUCCAAUUCGGAGGAACGGGAUGAGUGGGUGUCGGUAAUAGAGCAGGAAAUCUUCAAGAGCUUGCAGGGCAUCGAAUCGUCCAAAUCGAAACCGCUCAAUCCAAGCGAUAUUGCCUCGAUGCAAUCGAUCCGGAGCCGCGUACCAGGCAACGGUUACUGCGUUGAUUGUGACUCACCAAAUCCCGAAUGGGCCAGCUUGAAUCUGGGUGUGCUGAUGUGCAUCGAGUGUUCCGGCGUGCAUCGAAACUUGGGUUCACACAUCAGCAAAGUGCGAUCGUUGGGCUUGGACGAAUGGCCUCCUGGACAUUUGAGCGUGAUGCUAGCAAUCGGCAACAGCUUAGCAAACUCGGUGUGGGAAGCGAACACGCGCGGUCGGGUGAAACCGACACCGGCAAGCUCCCGGGAGGAGAAGGAAGCGUGGAUACGAAGCAAGUACGAGGGCAAAGAUUUUCUGCCCCACUUUAACCCAUCACCGCCGAUCGGUCAACAGCUGUGCGAAGCCGUUGUGCGUUCGGACAUGAAAUCCAUCAUCAUCCUGCUGGCGAACGCAUCGAACGAGCAUAUCAACUCGACCGCUAGCAACCGUGAUCUCCGGACGCCAUUACUGUUGGCCUGUGCAAUUGGUAAUCUCGCCAUCUCGCAGCUACUGAUAUGGCAUCACGCCAACCUAAAGCACGUCGAUAGCGAAGGCCGCUCGUGUUUAACGUUCGCCAAGGCAGCCAACUCGCUGGCCGCAGCCAAACAAGCAACCAACUCGCCCCAUCACGUAAACGUGGAAACGACGACGGCCCUGGUCGAGCUGCUGACCAGCCUCGGCUGUACCGAUCCGGCACCGUUCUCUGCCAGCGGUACGCUCCCCCGCCGUAGGGAAACCAUCGAUCAGGCCACGUUUGAAAAGUUUUCCUCCAGUGUGAUCUAA